CGACUUCUGUCGAGCUGAGGGCGAAACCGUUCCGAACUGUAAUCAUGGUGCUCGAAGCCGGAUACGCCGGUACUGUCGGCUUCCGGAAGGUAGUCAAAGCCACGAUCUUGGUCAAGAAGAAGCCUGGUAUGAGCGAUGAGGCCUUCAUCGAGCACUACAAUCACGUUCACGCGAACCUUGCAACUCCGGUACUCGAGAAGCACAACGUCAUUACAUACACCCUCACCUACUGCCUGCAACGCGAUCGGACCAUCAUAGCAGACAUGCUGCACGGUAAAGCGAAUAUGCUCGACUACGAUGCGAUCUGUACUUUCGUGUUCAAAGACUACAAAGACUUUGCGCGGUUCAUGUAUGAUCCGGCCAGUAAGGCGCUGACGCCGGACCACGAGAACUUCAUGGUAGAGAGCGAGAUGAAGAUGAUGGUUGGUGAUGAAUACGUGGUGAUCGAGGACGGGCAGCGGCGUGCCGCGUCAUAACUCCAAGCAGCUUCGAAGUACCGUUAAGGGGCGGCAGAGCCUAAUAAGGUGCAAUCAAUGAUGACUUCGAUCCUGUGGAUUGUCUACCAACACCCACGGCAACCUGCAUGUGCGCUGUUUGCCACUAAUAUGGACCUCUAACCCGAGCUCAUCAACUCCGCGCAGUAACGCACUGGCUUUACAUCUGGCGAAUAAUGCGCGACAUCAUCAUGCACUUCUUUGAUCUGCGCCUGAAUCGCCUUCUCGAACGCCUCGACCGAGUCCCAGGUCAUUAUACAUUGGACACUCAUGCCUUCCGGGGCAAGUUAGUACGCCGCACAUAGGCAAUGAUGGAAAGUGUGCAAACUCACCAGAUGGGUCACCCUCUCGGAACUGGACCACCUUCCAAUCUUUCAUGCCGUACGGGCCCCAAUGCUUCUCCACAAUCUUCAUAUGAG